AUGGAAAUUAUUCUUGGUUACAUAGAUAUUGAACUUGCAUUAAGGAUGGAGCGACAAUAUUCUCUUAUGGAACCAAAUACCUUUGAACAAAUUAGAGAUUAUGAGAAAUGGGAUCGCUCCAACCGCAUGAGCCUCAAGAUCAUUAAGCAUGACAUUCCUGAGAUCUUUCAGGGUACUAUCUCAGAAGAGAUAACAACUGCCAAUAAUUUCUUUGCCGAGAUUGAAAAGCGCUUUACAAAAAGCGAUAAGGUGAAAACAAGUACUCUUCAUCAGAACUUGAUUUCCAUGAAGUAUAAAGGCAAAGGAAAUAUAAGGAAAUACAUUAUGGGCAUGUCUAACAUUGUUUCAAAAUUUAAAACACUAAAGUUUGAGCUGUCAGAAGACUUACUCAUUCAUUUAGUAUUACUUUAUCUUCCUUCAUAUUUCGGUCAGUUUAAGAUACCUUAUAACCAUCAAAAGAAGAAAAUGGUCUCUUAA